AUGGUCGCGGUUCAUCCCCUCAAUCUGGCAGUCGUAUCUGUGAUAUGGACUUCACUGGUUGGUGCAAGCUCACCAUAUAAACCCAGCCUGGCUCAGAUAGCUGGCCACCAACUCGAUCUAUCCAUCGGCCCUAUAUACCUGUACUCGUUGUUGGGUGUCGUUGCCCUGGCUUUCAUCUUUGUCACGGCCAAUAAGAGCAUGGCCCAUCUUCGGCGCCUUGCAUCGAUGACCGACAAUCAAGGACCACUACGCUAUUUCUCUGAGACAUCUCCCUCUGUGCGAUGGAUGAAGAGCAAGAUCCUUUAUGCUCCUCUUCUGAACUAUCGUCGAGCUAGGGAGGUCAAAUUCUCCAGACAUGUCAGAUUCGGCACUCUGCCGACCCGCUUCCAAGCGAUAUUUCUCUUCCUUGUUGUUAUUACCAACGUCUUCACAUGUACUUGGAACAUACCUUGGAGCGGCCCACAGAGGGACACGUUGGCCAUCCUCCGAGAUCGUUCCGGUACACUAUCAGUGGCAAACAUGAUCCCUAUCAUGCUACUUGCCACGGCGAAGAACCCCUUAAUAUGGCUACUGGACAUAUCCUACGAUACUUUCAACCUGAUGCACAGGUGGUUCGGUCGCCUAUCAGCGCUGCAAGCAAUUCUUCAUACUUUAUGCUGGCUCGUGGGCAAGGUUGAAGCACAAGGAUGGGCUGGAGUUCGAAGCUCAGUUCAGCAGCCUUUCAUCUACAAUGGCUUGAUUGCUGCGCUUGCAAUGACAGUAAUUCUCAUACAAAGUCCCAAGGUUUUCAGAAGUCUGGCUUAUGAAUUCUUCCUGCAUCUUCACUUUGUAUUGGUGCUGUUGAUAGUAGUAUUCCUCUGGUUCCAUUUGGACGGACAUUGGGCGCAGUCUAUGCUUCUCACCGCCGUCUGCCUUUGGGCUGUUGCUAGAAGCUGGAGACUGCUCACAUUGUUGUGGCGAAGCGUUGGCAGAGGAGGGACCACCACCAUCAUUCAGCCAUUGGACGGCGGUGCUGUGAAAAUCUCUCUGAAGACUGCACGGCCAUGGACGUACAGACCAGGUCAAUCACUAUACUUGACCAUACCGUCCGUUGGCCUGUGGACAGCUCACCCUUUUUCGGUUGCGUGGAACGGUAUCGAGAAUGGUGGAGACACCCCAGCCUCGGUCAGAACAGAAUUCUCGGAAAAGAAUCCUUCGAAUCGCGAACGAGAAAUUGAGGUCGAAAGAGAUGGCAACCAGACCUUUUUUCUUGUGGUGAAAUCACACACCGGCCUCACGAGAAGACUAUUUAACCACGCGGCCAAGCCCGAUGCUUGCCUCACGGUGAAUGCAUGGGUGGAAGGGCCAUAUGGAACACAACGCAGCCUAGAUAGUUACGGGACGGUCUUACUCUUCGCCAGUGGUGUUGGUAUUACACAUCAGCUUGGCUACGCUAGGCAGCUUGUCGAAGACCACUCUGCAGGUACCCUGGCGACUAAGAGGGUCACGCUGGUGUGGGUCAUUCCCACCACCGACUGCAUUGAGUGGAUACGCCCUUUCAUGCAUGAGAUCCUAGGAAUAGAGGGUCGACGUGAUGUCCUGAAGGUUCUGAUCUAUGUGACCCAAGCUGGUCUGAGUCAAUCAAUCACAAGCCCGAGUGAAACUGUCCGAAUGUCACGAGGCAGACCCAAUGUGGAGGAAUUGAUGCGCAACGAGGUACAGGCAAAGGCAGGCUGUAUUGGAGUGAGUGUUUGUGCUGGUGGUGGACUAGCAGACGAGGUAAGACGAGUUUCACGUUUGAUGCUUGAUGAAGGAGCGAACCUGGAUUUUAUGGAAGAAGGAUUCGGUUGGUGA